AUGGCCAAGCCUGUUGUUCAUGUCGUCCGGCUCGCCCAUGUCCAUUAUCAGCACCCAGAUCUGGAGAAGGCGUUGGGUUUUCUGAAGGAUUUUGGCAUGCUCAUUGAGAGACGAGAUGGCGACAUUGUUUAUCUGAGAGGAUACGGCGUUCAGCCUUACAUUUACGUUGCCUCGCAGUCGCCAGAUCAGAAACGUCACUUUUGCGGGACAUCAUGGGUGGUUGCAAGCAUGGAAGAUCUCGAAGCAGCUGCAGCCCUUCCUACCGCCCAGAAAGAAGGCAUCCAAGAGGAGCUGGGGCCUGGAGGAGGCAAGAAGGUGACGGUGGCUGACCCUCUGGGCUUUCCUGUCCAUUUCACUUUUGGUCAAACCCUGAGGAGCGUCGCAACUACCAAGGAUAAUGCCCUCCGGCUCGAAAAGACCGCUCCCACCUCAAAUUUAGCCCUGGAGAAACCACGAAAGGGCGAAUUCCGCCGCUUUCAUCAAGGUGCCAGCCCAGUACACAAACUAGGGCAUUUCGGCUAUGUUGUCGGCAAAGCGAACUUCGAAGAGAUGCGACAGUGGUACAUGACCACACUGAAUUUGAAGGCUUCAGACACUAUUUUCGACCCUGUCACCGGGAAAGACGAUACCUGCUUUAUGCAUAUUGAUUUGGGUGCGACGUACACCGAUCACCACAGCUUUUUUAUAGCUUCGCAUGCUACCUCCACCGAUGCUCAUGUUCAUCAUUCAAGUUUCGAGGUAAAUGACUUCGACACUCAACUACUCGGACAUGACUGGCUGCGCUCCAAAUCUUGGACAAACUGCUGGGGCGUUGGACGACAUGUUCUUGGGAGUCAAAUAUUUGAUUAUUGGUUCGAUUCGUCCGGCAAUAUUGUUGAACACUACUCUGAUGGCGAUUUGGUCAAUGAAGACACCCCUGAGAAGAGGGAACCGGCUGCUCCGGACAGCCUUUUCGUGUGGGGGCCUAAUAUCCCUCUUGGCUUUAUGACAGGAAGAAUUGAGGAUGCCGGGAUACCAUUGCCGCUGCCCCAACCACAGAUAGUUGGAGACGGCAAGGAGGUGACGCCAGUCCCUGUCAUUGCUUGA